AUGAGUGUGUCUACGCUGGCGUCUUUGGGGAUGGCGAUUGGGGCGCCGCUGGUGUACGCCGACCAGGCCUACUCGAUCUAUCGCAAGCAGGACGCGCGCGGCUUCUCGCACGACGUGUGUGCGGUGUUGCUGUUGGCCAACAUUACGCGCUGCUUCUUCUGGCUCGGCGAGCGCUUCGAAUUCGCCCUGCUGCUCCAGAGCAUCCUCAUGAUCGCGGCGCAGCUCGGACUGCUCUACCUCUGCAUCCGCUUCAAGCCCGUCACGCGCUUUAGCAAGAGCAUCUCCUCCGACGGCGCACGCGUCGUCUUUAACGCCGACGAAGAUCAGCAACCCUCGCAAACCUCCCAACCCUCGCGAUCAACUACACACGACCUGAUGGAUGUGCAUGCUGCAGAGCAGGAGGAAGACCAGUUGUAUGCGGAUAAGCAACCUCUGCUCGUCACGUUGGGGUCGUUGUUUAGGGGCAAUUCGUACGGUCGACUUUCGUCCACCGACCCCACGACCUCGGCAGGCGGGUUGCCACCACCCAACACCUCGUCGAGAACGCGCUCGCUCAUGGCAGCUCUCAAACCUUCCGGCUCUCGACCGCUUAACUUCUGGCAGUGGGCCGACUACAACUCGUACCUCGUCUUCCUCGCGCUCUUCUCGCUCCUCCUCCUGCUACUCUACGUCAUCUUUAGCAGCUCAACCACCUUCAUCGCCGUGUUGGGGUAUGUGGCAUUGGGACUCGAGUCGACACUGCCGAUUCCGCAGCUUAUCGCCAACCAUCGUCGUAAGAGCCUGGCUGGCUUCCGCGCGAGUGUGUUGCUCGGCUGGCUCGGGGGUGAUAGCUUCAAGCUGCUCUACUUUGUGCUCCGCAGCAGCCCCGUGCAGUUUACGUCGUGUGCGGCAUUCCAGCUCUCGAUCGACCUGGCUAUCUUGGCGCAGAGCAGGGUGUAUAGGCAAAACACAGAGCGUGACGAAGAGGCUAUGCGAUCCAACGCGCAGCCAAACACGCAGCAGCAGCGAGCACAGGAUGAAAUCGAAGAGGACGAGCACGUCCCAACCACAUCGCAACCAAAGCCCAAGAACAAGCAAAAGCAAAAGCAAAAGGUGGCGAGCGAGGAGGACGAACUGUUGGAUCCUCACCACGUUAUUGCCAUCGAGGCCGACGAUGAAGGCGAUCUCUCCAACAGCCGCACCUAA